AUGUCCAACCAAUACGAAAGAGAAGCCGAAGACAUCGAGGAGAGAGACAAUGAUCCCUCUCCGGUCACAAGCCACUUUGCCGACGACUCCUAUGCGAAAGAAACCAACAGAAACCUAAGGAGUCAAGUGCCUGUUCAGAGCGAUCGGGCGCCCUAUGCGGACCCUAUCCAGCCUCCAUAUUCCAACACUCAGGCACAAGUUGAGGAAGAUGAAGCAGAAAUCGCCAACUCCAGCAAUAUCCUGCGAGGCGACCGUCUUCGCCAUGCGAAGCCCCGAACCGAGAACAAAUAUAGCGAGGGUCCAAAUGAAGAUGAUUUGCCGGCGGAGGCCCAGUAG